AUGCCUGACACAAUAGAGAACACUGUGAGCACACAAGAGGUCAGUGUGAGUACACCUGUUUCUAUGACAACCAGUGUGAGCACACCAACAGGCACAGAGAGCACUGUGGACACGCCCAUCUCCAUAACUACUAGUGCAAGCUCACACACAAGCACUGAGGGCACUUUGAGCAUGUCCAUCACCACAACAAGUAUGAGCACACCUGUCACAACAGAGAAUGAAGCAAGUGCAUCGGAGGUCACUGCAAGCACACCUAUCUCUAUGACAACCAGUGUGAGCACACCAACAGGCACGGAAAGCACCAUGGGCACAGCCACUGCCACAACCACUAGUGGGAGCCCACCCACAAGCACUGAGGGUAUCAUGAACACAUCCACCUCCAUGGCAAUGAGUGCGAGCACACCCAGCACAAUAAAGAACACCAUGAGCACAACAGAGGUCACUGGGAGCACAGCUGUCUCCAUGACAACCAGUGUGAACACACCAACAGGCACAGAGAACACCAUGGGCAUGGCCACUCCAACACCCAUUAGUGCAAGCUCACCUGCAAGCACUGCGGGCACUAUGAACACAUCCAUCUCCACAACAAAUGUGAGCACACCAACAGAAGUCACCGGGAACACAUCUGUCUCCAUGACAACCAGUGUGAGCACACCAACAGGCACAGAGAGCACUGUGAGCAUGCCCAUCUCCACAACCCCUAGUGCAAGGCCACCCACAAGCACUGGGGGUACCAUGAGUGUGUCUACCUCUAUGGCAAUGAGUGUGAGCACACCUAGCACAACAGAGCACACUGUGAGCACAACAGAGGUCACUGGAAGCACGUCUGUCUCUAUGAAAACCAGUAUGAGCACACCAACAGGCACAGAGAGCACUGUGAGCAAGCCCAUUUCCACAAUCUAUAGUACAAGCACAUCUACAAGUGCUGAGGGUACCAUGAGCACAUCCAUCCCCAUGACAUCACAUGUGAGGACACCUGACAGAACAGAGAACCCAGCGAGCACAAUGGAGGUCGCAGGGAGCACGCCCAUCUCCAUGACAACUGGUGUGAGAACACCAACAGGCACAGAGAGCACCGUGAGCAUGCCCAUCUCCAUAACCACUAGUGCAAGCUCACCCGCAAGCACUGAGGGCACCUUGAGCAUGACUAUCGCCACAACGAGUGUGAGCAUGCCUGACAGAACAGAGAACCGAGCAAGUACAACAGAGGUGACCGUGAGCAUGCCUGUUUCCAUGACAACCAGUGUGAGCACACCAACAGGCAUGGAGAGCACCAUGGGCACAGCCACUUCCACAGCCACUAGUGGGAGCCCACCCACAAGCACCGAGGGUAUCAUGAGCACAUCCACCUCCAUGGUAAUGAGUGUGAGCACACCCAACACAACAGAGAACACCAUGAGCACAACAGAGGUCACUGGGAACAUGGGUGACUCCAUGACGACUAGUGUGAGCACACCAACAGGCACAGAGAGCACCAUGGGCACGGGCACUCCAACACCCAUUAGUGCAAACUCACCCACAAGCACUGAGCACAUCAUGAGCACAUCUAUCUCCAUGAUGAGUGAGAGUACACCAACAGAAGUCACCAGGAGCAAGUCUGUCUCCAUGACAGCCAGUGUGAGCACACCAACAGGCACAGAGAGUGCCAUGAGCACUCCCAUCUCUACAGCCACCAGUGUGAGCACACCCACAAGAGCUAAGGGCACCAUGAGUAUGUCCACCUCUACAGCAAUGGGUGUGAGCAUGUCCAGCACAACAGAGACCACCGUGAGCACAAAGGAGGUCACUGGAAGCACACCCGUUUCCAUGACAACUGGUGUGAGUACACCAAAAGGCAUGGAGAGCAUUGUGAGCACACCCAUCUCCACAACUACUAGUGCAAGCACAUCCACAAGCACUGAAGGGACCAUGAGUGCAUCCAUCUCCAUGACAAUGAGUGUGAGCACACCUGACACAACAGAGAACACUGCGAGCACACCCAUCUCCACAACAACCAGUGUGAGCACACCAACAGGCACAGGGACCGCUGUGAGCAUGCCCAUCUCAAGAGCCACUAGUGUGAUCCCACCCACAAGCACUGAGGAUACUAUGAGUGCAUCCAUCUCCAUGACAAUGAGUGUGAGCAUGCCUGACACAAUAGAGAACACUGUGAGCACACAAGAGGUCAGUGUGAGUACACCUGUUUCUAUGACAACCAGUGUGAGCACACCAACAGGCACAGAGAGCACUGUGGACACGCCCAUCUCCAUAACUACUAGUGCAAGCUCACACACAAGCACUGAGGGCACUUUGAGCAUGUCCAUCACCACAACAAGUAUGAGCACACCUGUCACAACAGAGAAUGAAGCAAGUGCAUCGGAGGUCACUGCAAGCACACCUAUCUCUAUGACAACCAGUGUGAGCACACCAACAGGCACGGAAAGCACCAUGGGCACAGCCACUGCCACAACCACUAGUGGGAGCCCACCCACAAGCACUGAGGGUAUCAUGAACACAUCCACCUCCAUGGCAAUGAGUGCGAGCACACCCAGCACAAUAAAGAACACCAUGAGCACAACAGAGGUCACUGGGAGCACAGCUGUCUCCAUGACAACCAGUGUGAACACACCAACAGGCACAGAGAACACCAUGGGCAUGGCCACUCCAACACCCAUUAGUGCAAGCUCACCUGCAAGCACUGCGGGCACUAUGAACACAUCCAUCUCCACAACAAAUGUGAGCACACCAACAGAAGUCACCGGGAACACAUCUGUCUCCAUGACAACCAGUGUGAGCACACCAACAGGCACAGAGAGCACUGUGAGCAUGCCCAUCUCCACAACCCCUAGUGCAAGGCCACCCACAAGCACUGGGGGUACCAUGAGUGUGUCUACCUCUAUGGCAAUGAGUGUGAGCACACCUAGCACAACAGAGCACACUGUGAGCACAACAGAGGUCACUGGAAGCACGUCUGUCUCUAUGAAAACCAGUAUGAGCACACCAACAGGCACAGAGAGCACUGUGAGCAAGCCCAUUUCCACAAUCUAUAGUACAAGCACAUCUACAAGUGCUGAGGGUACCAUGAGCACAUCCAUCCCCAUGACAUCACAUGUGAGGACACCUGACAGAACAGAGAACCCAGCGAGCACAAUGGAGGUCGCAGGGAGCACGCCCAUCUCCAUGACAACUGGUGUGAGAACACCAACAGGCACAGAGAGCACCGUGAGCAUGCCCAUCUCCAUAACCACUAGUGCAAGCUCACCCGCAAGCACUGAGGGCACCUUGAGCAUGACUAUCGCCACAACGAGUGUGAGCAUGCCUGACAGAACAGAGAACCGAGCAAGUACAACAGAGGUGACCGUGAGCAUGCCUGUUUCCAUGACAACCAGUGUGAGCACACCAACAGGCAUGGAGAGCACCAUGGGCACAGCCACUUCCACAGCCACUAGUGGGAGCCCACCCACAAGCACCGAGGGUAUCAUGAGCACAUCCACCUCCAUGGUAAUGAGUGUGAGCACACCCAACACAACAGAGAACACCAUGAGCACAACAGAGGUCACUGGGAACAUGGGUGACUCCAUGACGACUAGUGUGAGCACACCAACAGGCACAGAGAGCACCAUGGGCACGGGCACUCCAACACCCAUUAGUGCAAACUCACCCACAAGCACUGAGCACAUCAUGAGCACAUCUAUCUCCAUGAUGAGUGAGAGUACACCAACAGAAGUCACCAGGAGCAAGUCUGUCUCCAUGACAGCCAGUGUGAGCACACCAACAGGCACAGAGAGUGCCAUGAGCACUCCCAUCUCUACAGCCACCAGUGUGAGCACACCCACAAGAGCUAAGGGCACCAUGAGUAUGUCCACCUCUACAGCAAUGGGUGUGAGCAUGUCCAGCACAACAGAGACCACCGUGAGCACAAAGGAGGUCACUGGAAGCACACCCGUUUCCAUGACAACUGGUGUGAGUACACCAAAAGGCAUGGAGAGCAUUGUGAGCACACCCAUCUCCACAACUACUAGUGCAAGCACAUCCACAAGCACUGAAGGGACCAUGAGUGCAUCCAUCUCCAUGACAAUGAGUGUGAGCACACCUGACACAACAGAGAACACUGCGAGCACACCCAUCUCCACAACAACCAGUGUGAGCACACCAACAGGCACAGGGACCGCUGUGAGCAUGCCCAUCUCAAGAGCCACUAGUGUGAUCCCACCCACAAGCACUGAGGAUACUAUGAGUGCAUCCAUCUCCAUGACAAUGAGUGUGAGCAUGCCUGACACAAUAGAGAACACUGUGAGCACACAAGAGGUCAGUGUGAGUACACCUGUUUCUAUGACAACCAGUGUGAGCACACCAACAGGCACAGAGAGCACUGUGGACACGCCCAUCUCCAUAACUACUAGUGCAAGCUCACACACAAGCACUGAGGGCACUUUGAGCAUGUCCAUCACCACAACAAGUAUGAGCACACCUGUCACAACAGAGAAUGAAGCAAGUGCAUCGGAGGUCACUGCAAGCACACCUAUCUCUAUGACAACCAGUGUGAGCACACCAACAGGCACGGAAAGCACCAUGGGCACAGCCACUGCCACAACCACUAGUGGGAGCCCACCCACAAGCACUGAGGGUAUCAUGAACACAUCCACCUCCAUGGCAAUGAGUGCGAGCACACCCAGCACAAUAAAGAACACCAUGAGCACAACAGAGGUCACUGGGAGCACAGCUGUCUCCAUGACAACCAGUGUGAACACACCAACAGGCACAGAGAACACCAUGGGCAUGGCCACUCCAACACCCAUUAGUGCAAGCUCACCUGCAAGCACUGCGGGCACUAUGAACACAUCCAUCUCCACAACAAAUGUGAGCACACCAACAGAAGUCACCGGGAACACAUCUGUCUCCAUGACAACCAGUGUGAGCACACCAACAGGCACAGAGAGCACUGUGAGCAUGCCCAUCUCCACAACCCCUAGUGCAAGGCCACCCACAAGCACUGAGGGUACCAUGAGUGUGUCUACCUCUAUGGCAAUGAGUGUGAGCACACCUAGCACAACAGAGAAGAUGGUGAGCCCAACAGAGGUCCCUGGGAGCACGCAUGUCUCCACGACCACCGGUAUGAAUACAUCAACAGACACAGAGAGCACUAUGGGCAUGGCCACUUCCACAACCUCUAGUGUGAGGCCACCCACAAGCAUUGAGGGCACCAUGAGCAUGUCCAUCUCCAUGACAACGAGUGUGAGCACACCCAGCUUGACAGAGAACAUUGCGAGCACAACGGAGCUCAUUGGGAGCACGGCUGUCUCCAUGAUGACUGGUGUGAGCAUGCCAAUGGGUACAGAGAGCACAGUGGGCACAUCCAUCUUCACACCAAUGAGUGUGAGUAUACCCAGCACAACAGAGAACACCAUGAGUACCACCGAGAGCCUCGUGAGCAUGCCUAUCUCCAUGACAACAAACAUGAACACAUCCAACACAACUGAGGGCACUGUGAGCACCACGGAAGUCACAAUGAGCACACCCAUGUCCAUGACAACCAAUGUGAGCACACCAACAGGCACAGAUAGCACCAUGAGCACACUCACCUCCAUGAAAACUGAUGUGAACACACCCAGCACAACUGAGGGCACCAUGAGCACCAUGGAGGUCACUGUGAGUACACCCCUCUCCAUGACAACUGAUGUGAUCACACUCAGCACAAUCGAGGGCACCAUGAGCAUGCCCAUUUCCAUGACAACCCAUGUGAGCACACCCAGAACAAAAGAGGGCAUUGUGAGCACUUUAGAGGCCACUGUGAGCACACCCAUCUCCAUGACAACAAAUGUGAGCACACCUAGCACAAGCAAGGGCACUGUGAGCACCACAGAGGUCAUAGUGAGCACACCCAUCUUCACAAAUAGUGUGAGCACACCCACAGGCACAAAGGGCACCAUGGGCACACCCAGCUCUGCAUCAAUGAGUGUGAGCCCCCCCAUGAGUGCAGAGGGCACUGUGAGCACACCCAUCUCCAUGGCAACCAGUGUGAGCAUACCCACAAGCAGGGAGAAUGCUGGGAGCACACCCAUCUCCAUGACAACAAGAGUGAGCCUGCCCACAGCAACGGGGAACAAUGUCAGCACACCCAUCUCUGCUACAACCAGUGUGAUCACACCCCCAGUAAUGGAGGGCACUGUGAGCACACUCAUUCCUGUGGCAACUAGUGUGAGCACCCCCAUGAACACGAAUGGCACCACGACCACACCUGUAACCAUGACAAUGGGUGUAGGGACAACCAGUGUGACAGAGGGCACUGUAGGCACACCGGUCUCCACCCCGGUGAGUGUGAAGACACCUAGGACAACAGAAUUCACUAGAAGCACUCUUGUCUUUGUGACAACCAGUGUGAGCCCAAACCUGGUGACAGAGAGCACUGUGGGCACACUUGCCUCUAGCGCGACUGGUCAAGGGAGCACGGGGAGCCGGCCCAGCUUGGGCACUAGCCCCAUGAGUUCAUCCACUGGCACAAAGAUCACUGGGAGCCAUCACACAACUGCUGAGGUCCUUGUGAGCACGACCCGCGGGUCCGGGAGUAUGCCCGUCUCUGUGGGCACGGCUAUUAGCAGCAGAAGCACACGUGUUCCUAGCAUGACCAGUCCCAUGAGCAUGCCUGCCGUGAAUAUGUCCAGCCCCACCAGUGCCCACCAGCCCCCAGCCAACUUGACAAGCUCCAGUCCUGCCACUCCCACUACUGUGGCCCCAGGCUUCUGCCCCCCCGGCUUUGAUGGCCCCACGUGUGAUGACCCGGUCGGCAGCUUUGAUACCAGUAUCCGCACACUGGAGGCAACGGUGGGUGUGGAGGUAAGAGUCACCAACUCUGUCUACAAGGCUGAGUUCAGCAACACCAGUUCUGCACAGUACCGGACCUUUACCACCUUCUUCCAGCAACAGAUGAGCAGGAUCUACCAGCACAUUGGCCCUUAUAAGGGCAUCCGGAUCAUCAGCCUGAGAAACGGCAGCGUUGUGGUGACCCACAACGUGACCUUUGCCCCUGCACUCAGCCUGACCCCAGGCCCGAUCCUGCAGAACCUGACAGCACAGCUGGUGGCUGAGCUGAAUCGCACCCAGGCCUCCCAGGGAGACUGCCAGGAGAACAACACCACACUCUGCCUCAGCCUCCCACCUAACCCCAUUGUCAGGAACAUGACAGUGUUGGCCUCCCCUGAGGAGCUGUGUCUGCAAAUGGCACCCCCUGGCUAUGGUGUUCAUUAUGCACCCAUAGUGACACUGGGAGGCACCCUGAGCUGCCUCAGUCGCUGCAGCCCCCGUGCCCCCGAUGCCCUCAAUUGCCACCGUGGGCAGUGCCGCCUCAUGUCCGCUGGCCCUACCUGCUUCUGCCCGGACCCCUACGACUACUGGUACCCAGGGGAGACAUGUGCCACCCGCAUCAGCAAGCUGGGCCUGGGGUUGGGCCUGCCUCUCGCCCUCAUGGCCCUGGUGGCUGUGGUUUCCAUUGCCCUGCUGCUUAGAGCCCGCUGGAGCCAGGGCAGGGCUGGCAAAGCGCUGUGGCAUGAGAAGAGCCUGUUUGAGGAGGACGGAGACUGGACCCGGCCCCUAGGCUCCGCGCUGCACCAGGGGUCCAGCAAUGGAGGUGACCACUGGGCCCCAGAUGCCUAG